CACUGAAGGGUGGGUGUAGAGUACUUAUGAGGGUGUGUGUAAGCGUGCGUGUAAGCGUGUGUGAGGAAUCCCUCCCCCGACUCACUAUGAGGUCAGCAGGAAAACGACAGUGCUGCGAUAGAAGACAGAAAACCGGCUGAAGAAGAAGAGGGAGCUGCGGCAGAGCAGGAAGAGGAGGAGAGGAGAAAAGAGAGAGAGAGAGAGAGAGAGAGAGGGAGAGAGGGAGCUGGAGGAAUAAUAUGCUGAGCAGGGUUUGAGGGCUGCAGUGAUGACGGCUAUGCUCAGUCCUAAGAUCAAGCAGACCAGGAGAGCCAGGUCAAAGAGCAUGGUGAUGGGUGAGGUGAGCCAUGGCUCAGGUGGUUCAACAUCUCUGGGCCUUCAUGAGGGAGUGCUGAAGGCAGGCUGGCUCAAGAAGCAGAGAAGCAUUAUGAAGAACUGGCAGCUGAGAUGGUUUGUUCUGCGCUCUGAUUAUCUCUAUUUCUACAAGGAUGAAGAGGAAACAAAGCCUCAGGGUUGCAUCUCACUCAAGGGAAGCCAAGUGAAUGAGCUUACAGCUAAUCCUGAGGAAGCAGGCCGAUAUCUAUUUGAGAUUGUCCCAGGUGCAGCUGGUGAAAAAGACAAGACCCCUGUAAGCCAUGAGACCUUCUUGCUCAUGGCCAACUCUCAAAAUGAUAUGGACGACUGGGUGAAGGCAAUCAGACGAGUCAUAUGGGCACCAUUAGGAGGAGGAAUUUUUGGACAAGGCUUGGAGGACACAGUCCAGUACGAAAAGAAAUUUGGAGAGCGACUUGCCCCACUUUUAGUUGAGCAGUGUGUGAAUUUCAUUAGGGAGCGAGGACUUGAUGAGGAGGGUCUCUUCAGGAUGCCAGGCCAGGCCAACCUGGUCAAAGAGCUACAAGAUGCUUUUGACUGUGGAGAGAAACCUCAGUUUGACUGUAACACUGAUGUCCACACUGUGGCUUCCCUGCUGAAGCUUUACCUCAGAGAGCUGCCUGAGCCAGUCAUCCCCUUCUGCAAGUAUGAUGAUUUUCUUACUUGUGCUCAGCUUCUAGCCAAAGAUGAAGAGGAGGGACUACAAGAAUUAGGGCAGCAAGUGAAGACUCUUCCCUCUGCUAACUUCAACCUCCUAAAAUAUAUUUGCAAUUUCCUUGAUGAAGUACAGUCACACUCCAGUGAAAACAAAAUGAGUGUACAGAACUUAGCCACUGUGUUUGGACCAAACAUUCUUCGUCCUAAUAUGGAGGACCCAGUAGCUAUAAUGGAAGGAACCUCCCUGGUCCAGCAUCUCAUGACAGUCCUCAUCAGCAAGCAUGGUCAGCUGUAUCCUGUUCAGGAAGCUCCUGAAGCUCCUGAAGUAUCCAUGGAGAUGACCUCUCAGUGCCAGCAACACCAGCAGUCUAACCUUGUUGGCUGGAUCUCUGAGGAAGAUCUUCAAAGCCUGACACCUCCUGGGAAGAACCCCAACACUAGUGACAACCCCAGUAGCAGCAGUACCUCUUCCCUGGAUGGUAUCCCUGCAGGCCCAUCUCCUAAAUCAGUCUCUCAAGGAAAAGCUGAGACAGCCGUUAGUCCAAGCAAGCAAGCUAAAACUUUACCUUCUUGGAAAUAUACUUUCAAAGGUUCUUCGCCACGACCGCAACCUGCCAAAACUGCCUGUCAAUCGUCAGAUGUGACCAACAUCUCCAGUGGAAACUGGCUCAUGAAUGGACUCUCGUCACUGAGAGGGCACCGUCGUACUUCUACAGGUGAACGUGCAAAGGAUUCUAGGUCAUCCCAAAGACUGUCAACCUAUGACAAUGUCACAUACUCAUCAAGCACUGGGAGUGUUUCUAAUGUAGACAGCACCCAGUGGUCUAACUUAUCUUGUGAGAUCUUAGUGUCAGGGAGUGACAACAUAGAGGCGGACACCAGGACAGAGUCUGAUGAAAAUUCUGUAGAUCCAGAAAUGACUGUGGAUGAAGUAAACUACACAGAGCAAGAGGAGGCUAGUGGCAAUAUGGCGUCAACCUGCAGCAGUGAUGCCAACAUACACAACAUGGUGCCUGUCAUCACUGUCUUGGCCGAGGACACUGAUGAAAGUGCCUCAUCGCUGGUCAGUGUGGUAACAGCACUGAAAGAGGAAUUAAAGAGUCAGAAACUGGUUUACGAAACCAGAAUCAACAAGCUGGAAGAGUCAAGUGCACUGCUCCGUUCCCAGAUAGAAAGAUUAGAGCAUGACAUGGAACAGGAAAGAAAGAAGCAAAGAAUGCUGGAAAUAAAACUGAGGAACUCUGAAAGGGCUCGGGAGGAUGCCGAAAACCGCAAUCGGCUCCUGGAAAAAGAAAUGGAGGACUUCUUUUCUACCCUCGGGGACCUGGCUCUUGGAACUAGAACAAGUGACAUUUAAGUGGCUGUGUGUUUAGGACAUGACGGAAAUCAUCCACAACGACAAUCUGUGGUAACUUGGGCAGUACUGUCUCGGCAUUUCCUCAGGUGUCUUUAGAAGUGUGUGGGCUAAAAUUCCAUAUUUAUUCCAAGACUAUUUCUCUAACCUCAUGUUACUUGAUUGUCUUCAGCAGGACCUAAAGGAUGAAUACAUAGCCUUACUCACCAAUGUCUACAACAUACCACUGUGGAUGUUAGGGUAGCCAGUUCCUACCAGUAAUGUUAAGCCAGUUGUUUACACUUACAGCUGUUUCAUCUGGUUCUUAGUCCAGGUAAACAGACAGUUUGCCAACUAAUGCAACAUUUAUAUACCAUUCAUAACCAAAGCCUAUAUAAAUUGCUGGCGUUAUUUGGUUUGGGAACAUUAUGUGACCUCCGCCCUAGAAAAAAGUACAAGAAUUGUAAUGACAGUGCCUUUGUAAAGGUUUUGUGUUGAAAAAACGAUCACCUGGCUUGCUUGAUUAGAGUAGCUCAGUUUUGGAAUGGAUAUAGGAAACAUUUCAUGGUGAAUUGUAAUUAAAAUGAAAGGACUUGUGAGAUUCUGAGACAACAUUAUGAAAAGACACAUUACCAAACACAUCAUACAUGGUCAUAAAUGGUUCUUCUCACAUUUUAUGAGAUAUUUAAGAAAGUGAUUAGAGGUUAAUAUAAUGUUAUAAGAAUAUGUUCACUGUGUGGGUUGGUUAAAUUUGAAUUUAAUUUAUAGUGUGCAAAAAUAGUGCAUUGCAGGGAUGGGCUGUGUAUACGUCGUGUUCAAUGUGUCUUAAACAAGCAUAAUAUUUUAAUAACACCACCUAAAAAAACAUUUUCUUAUACUUCUGAUACCAGAGCAGUCAAUGUUUAUAAAUCUGUAUUACAAAAAGAAAUGAUGAAUGACACAACCAUGUUACCAAUUGAUGAUUUGUUGAUUUGCACCCAGUAUUUUUAAUACUUCUAAUAUAUGUUGGUUUAAUUGACCAAAUCGCUAGAAUGUUCUGCUGGCUUCAGUAGGUUCUUACAAGUAGAAGUCUAUUUCUGAAUAUAACUGAAAAGUUUUUUAGCACAGUCGAGCAUAUUAGGGUGUCAAACGAUCCAUCUCAUUGUGCUUAAGUGUUAUUCAUAUUUUUUUGAAUCACUGACCAGUUAAUGUGGUGCUAUGUAUCUGUACAAAAAUAUGUGCAAUUAAAUGGAAAACUGUAACAGAGAAUAA